CUGAGUUGAGCUGAAGCAUCAGAGUUGAGCUGAGCAGGACAGCUAGGUGCUGGUACGGUCUGCGGAUAUGUCCGUCGUCAGCAGUGAGUGAGUGAGAUCGCCUGCUAAAUCCGAGGAGCUCUGGAGGAAGCGCACCUUCAUGCCAAGAAGCGAGUGGUUACGGUGUGCACCUCCGUCCGUCUUGUCUGUUUACCCAGGGGCGUUCCAACACAUUUUGUUACUGUCUGUGAGGGGUGCAGAUUAAGACACACAUAGGAGGGAGAACUACUGAGAGAGAACCCAGACUCAUCCUACGCACACAGAUCGAGAUCUGACCUCUCACCCCUGACCUCUAACCUCUGACCCAGUGCCCCCUGCUGGUGCGGACCACCUCUGAUCCUACCGUGAUGAGCGUGUGCGGCAGGAAGGCUCUGGCAUUGCUGAGCAGCGUGUUUGCGGUCAGCGGGCUGGGGCUUCUGGGAGUUGCGGUCUCUACAGACUACUGGCUGUACCUGGAGGAGGGGGUCAUCCUGCCCCUGAACCAGACCACUGACAUCAGGACCUCCCUGCACUCUGGACUCUGGAGAGUCUGCUUCCUGGCAGGUGAAGAGGCAGGUCGCUGUUUCACCAUAGAGUACAUCAUGCCCAUGAACCUACAGCUGACCUCUGAGUCCACAGUCAGUGUACUUAAGAUGAUUCGUUCAGCCACUCCGUUUCCUCUGGUCAGUCUGUUCUUCAUGUUCAUCGGCUUUGUGCUCAACAACAUCGGACACGUCCGACCUCAUCGCACCAUCCUGGCCUUUGUCUCCGGAAUCUUCUUCAUCCUCUCAGGUCUGGCUCUGGUGGUAGGUCUCGUGCUGUAUAUAUCCAGUAUUAAUGAUGAGAUGUUGAACAGGACUAAGAGCAGUGAGUCCUACUUCAGCUACCGGUACGGCUGGUCCUUCACCUUCGCUGCCAUCUCCUUUCUGCUCACUGAGAGUGCGGGCGUCAUGUCCGUCUACCUGUUCAUGAAGCGCUACACAGCCGAGGAAAUGUACCAGCGCCACCACCCUGGCUUCUACCGGCCGCGCCUCAGUAACUGUUCUGACCACUCCGGUCAGUUCUUACACCCGGAGACCUGGGCACGCGGACGCAGCCCCUCGGACAUCUCCAGCGAAACCUCGCUCCAGAUGAGCGCCAGCUACCCGGCCCUGCUCAAGUGUCCCGACUACGACCAGGUCUCCUCCUCACCCUGCUGAAGGGGUCAUCAGGUCAGGGCAGGUCGCCAAGGGUCAAGGGUGAGAAGUCAUAGGUGAUGUUGCUUUUAGAUACUGAUCUAAGGUCAGCUUUCUUUUUUCUUUUUUAAGUUAUCUGGAAUCUGUGGAGGGUUGCUGGAAAGUUGCUGGGUGUGGCUAGAACCUCCCGCCUGGUUAGUUUACUGGGAGAUCAGUCCCAAUAGAUAUACAAGGAAGCCUCUGUCUCUUUAUUUUGUUGUUGUUCGUUCCCAUUGUGAUGCUGUGUCCUGGACCUUGUUUGAAAACCUCUACCAGCCAUGAUUGCUGCUGAGGCAACAGUUGAUGCCGCUGUGCCACAUCUUACCUACAGAUGGCAGCAAAGUGCAGAGUUCUUUCAGGAGUAUUUUCUAUUAUAUCAGGAUACUGCCACUGCUUAGUUAACUUGACGAGGACCAAAAUAACAUUUACACAAAUUUUUGAACGGGAACAAUACAUGUCACUAUGUUAAAGCGGCAAUCAGCAGUUGAAACAAUAACAAAGCGAACUCCCCACCCGUUUCAGUAAAAAGCUGAGGGAUGGGGCUGGAGAAAUGUAACCACUCUCAAAUUCAUAGACAGAGCUAUGGAUGCAUGGACUGGCCAUCCAUGAUAUCUAAAUUAUAGUUACCAUGUUUUGAAGGUAUAUAGUGUUUGUUUACAAACAUUGGAGUGAAAUAAGCUUUUCAUUUGGUUGAACUAAGCACAUGAGGCAUUUGUAAUAUUAUAACAUCAUAUUCUUAAGAGGUCCAAAAAUGGAUGAAGCAACUGCAGAUUCCACCUUUAAAUGUGUAUGUGUAAUAUGUUAAAUUGUGUAGUUUGCUUCAUGUUGGAGUUUUUAAAUGGACGUGUCCCUGCUGGCUCACGGAUCUGCCAACAUUACGUUUUCAUGUUAUGGAAUCUCCCCCCAAACAAAGCUUUGUUUAUGUAUCAUGUAAAAAUGAAUUAUUUGAAAAGUAAUUGGUAUUUAUUCUUAGACAGAUUUUUUACACAUGCAUAUGUAUAACUGUUGUACAUUGUAUGAAUAUAGCGAACCAUUGUAAAACAAGUCAUAUAUGUAGUUGCUGCUUAAAAUGAUUCAUUCUGAGUGUCAGCUUCAUGCCUUCGGCAUAGCAACUGUUGCAUACAAACUGUACUGUACAAUAUCUGGAGAAUAUCUAAAUGUGGGAAAUAAAUAGACUUUGCAAAAUCUUUUUAAUGACAUUGCCUGUGGAUGGAACGGAAUUUCAUUCAUUAACUCCAGUUUGAAGAUAUUGAUGUUCUGAGAACUAACGCAGCAGGAGAAUUAAUGACGGUUAGGAAAAGGGUUAGUUAGAGCUAAAAUGCUAGUUGUCAACAACUGCUAUCCCCAACGUGACAACUAGAUGGCGCUGUAAUGGUAGCCACAACCGUAUAAACCAUCAGUCUGGACCAACCAUCGGUAUAACACCGAUUAAUGGAUUGGAUUUAAAUUUUGCUUCCAUGUAUUGUAAUGUCACAUCAAUACACUGGGAGUCAGUGUUUCAUCACUUACACUAUGAAGCAGACAGAAUCCCUUCAGGUCAGAAGGGUAUAGAAUCAGGACUUAAACACCCAUCUGUCCACUAUGUUUCAAAUCAUUUAUUUGCACACCUUAUCUAGACACUGUGUAUCUAUUUAUUGGCCAAUUAAGGGGGGAACUCAUGUUACUCUGACCUUAUCUAUGUCUGUUUGCUGAUCAAUAAAGGGUUUCACAUAGACUUUAACCGUCAGUAAAGGGUUUCUCGCUCUGUAGACUUUUCCCACCACUCCAUAUUGACCAUCUGUCUCUAAACUCAUACGAAUGUUCAUAGACAUGGGUUGGAUGUCAGUUGGUUAAUCAAACUGGAUGAUUAAUUGCAUAUGCAAAUAUGUAGGUCAAGCUCAAUAAAUAAUAAAUAAAUGCGUCGU